AUGACUGUACUAGGGAUCCUACUGAUAAGGGAGGGGUGGAACAGAGUGGUCAAACGCUGUAGACUAAAAGUCAGCACAACUUGCAUGGAAUGUGUGGACGACACAUAUACAGAGCAUCCCAAUGGCCUAACGGAAUGCAUGAGAUGUAAAGUCUGCGAUGCAGGAGCCAGACUGACAAUAAAAGAAAAAUGCAUGUAUACGAAGAUCAGAGUGUGCGGCUGCGCCCCGGGGGAUUUCUGCAGGCACAGUGCAGACGAGGACUGUGAAAUGUGUAGUCGCUCCACCGUCUGCCUCCCUGGCUCUAAAGUGAAAAUACCUGGCACAGAAUUCCUUGACAACGUAUGUGAGGUUUGCCCUGAAGGAACCUUCUCAGCAACCAACAUGUCACACACCUGUCAGCCAUGGACCAGGUGUGAACAGGAAGGGAUGAGAGAACAAAAGGCCGGGACAGCCAUUUCUGAUGCAGUUUGUGUACAAAGAGGCCUUUUUACCACAGCGAUAGCAGUGCUAAUAGUCCUUGCUCUCUCACUUUUAUCUGGAUUUGCUGGAACAGCGUUCUUUUUUUGGUGGAAGAAGAAGAGGAAAUAUGGAUUAACAC